CGUCGGAGAAUCCCAGACAUGAAGAUCGUCAGAUAGUUUUGUAUCCGAUGUGACACCACUACCAGUGUCUGUCUACUGUACAAAGGUUGAAACCCCAACCUCCCCAUCCCCUGAGCUUCGCACUGGUUACCCGAUUCAGCUGCAUGUCAACUGGCCCCCGCUAUCCUCCAAAUCUGGGCAGGUCAGAAUGUAUACUCACGCUGCAUUUUAGUCCGAUUAGUCCAUAGCGCCACAUUGCAUUCCGUGCACGCCCCGCUCGUCUACCAUUAGACAUGGUUUUCUGCGGCAAACCAAGCAAGGGCUGCGGCGAAUGCCGGUCUCGCAAAAUCCGGUGCGACCAAACCCGUCCAACCUGUUCACAAUGCGCCAAGGGCAACCGGGUCUGCCCCGGAUACCGCGACCAACUAUCCUUGAUGUUUCGGGAUGAGAGCCAGCAGGUUAUCCGGAAGGCGCGGACCGGGACAACGGCGCGCAGAGCCAAGUCUUCUAGAAAGACCGGUCCUGGCAGUACUAUUAUUACUACUACUAGUAGUAGUAGUAGCGCCCCAGCUUCUUCCCCUAGUGGCACCGGCAUAGCAACUGCCAGUCCUAGUCCAGCCCCAGUGUUAUCAUCGGCAGACAGUAAUCCAUCUUCAACGACCGGCGAUCUGGAACCGUUUGAGUUCGACGGUCCUGAGUAUCUAUCCCCACAAUUUGUCCAGCAGCACGCCAUACAACAGCCCCUGGUAUUGCAGCCAUCGUACCAACCGACAAAAAAUGAAGCUAUUUCUUAUUUCCUUCGGCAGAAUGCUUGGAUUGGAUCGUUCUGGUCGAAGAUUGAAGCAAACCCUGAUAUCUUGCGCAGGGCAUCGGCAACUAGCCACAACGCCCUGAUGACCAGCUUGGCUUCUGUUGGUAUAGCAAUGAUCUCGCGUAUCAGGAAAUCCGAACCGAUGAAAAUAGCCGCAGAGAAGGAGUACGGAAAUGCUUUACAGCUCCUUACCACGGCCGUUGCAGAUCAACAGCAAGCUAAGAACAAUGCAACGCUUGCCGCUGUGCUUAUGUUGGCUAUCUUCGAAGUGAUCACUAGUAGAGGUUCUCGCUUUAUUACCAAUUGGACAAAUCACAUAACUGGCGCUGCAGCGCUGCUAGAGCUGCGAGGUGUAGAGCAGCUUCAGGACCCAGAUGGGCUGCAGCUCUUUUUGCAGCUGCGAUAUCAAAUUAUUAUAAGCUGUCUCCAAAGGGAGGCGCACGUGCCCGACUCAGUUCUUCACUGUGUCAAAGUUGCCAUGUUUCUACGGCCGCAUACAGUGGCCUAUGGUGACCGCUUACUUAACAUAAUGGGCCGGCUAGCCAACCUGCGAGCUGACAUCAAGGAAAAAAUUAUAACCGACCGGAAGAAGAUGCUUGAAUCUGCAUACGCCGUCGAGGCUGAGUUGAUGUCAUGGCUCACAUCUUUGCCAGACAACUUCCCAUAUGCCACCAUUCAAGAUCCCUGGCCUACUCUCAACUGGGGUCCCAAGCCUUAUAACAACAUCUAUCACGUGUACACUGACUUCUGGAUCUGCAACUCGUGGAACCAAUACCGAGUCGCACGGAUCAUCAUCAGCGAUCUCAUCUUGACAUGUAUCCGGGAACUAAACUCCGGCUCACCCCUCCCUGCCGAUCUUGUCACCCAUACCUCUCAGAUUCGCAAUACUGCCCGACAGCUCGCCAGCGACGUCUGCGCCAGUGUGCCUUAUUAUUUUACUGAUAGUGUCUUCAAGCUCGCGACCGGACAAGCGGAAAUGAGUUCUCGUUAUGAGAUACCCUCACAGCAAGGCUUCGUUCGCGGUCUGGUGCUCCUCUGGCCGCUGUCAAUGGCAGCCGCAACGAGAGGGCUGAAUCACCCAUUACGCCGCUGGGUGCUUGACUGUCUCCAGCUGAUCGGACAUGGCAUGGGGAUUGAUCAGGCGCUGGCUUUGAUUGAACUCCUGAUGACCGAAGAUGGUGUCUUUGACACGCUGGCCCUCCCGGAGGACGAUAGCCUUUCAAUCGGCUCGACUGGAGCCAAUUUCAGCACCGAUAACAGUGGCAAACACUGGACGGGAGCCUCGCUGAGUACAUAUACCACGCAGGUGGAGUGAGUGUCUGCGACAUUACCCACAAAGUGGCAGGCCACGUGUAAAUAGUCGCGAUUAAUUCGUCUGAUGGCGUUGAUACAGUGUAUGUGGGCUGACACUAAUUCCCACUAGUAUAUAGUACUUUUUUUCUGGAACACUUUCACAUGAGACAGGAUCUACAUAGUAGUCACGAACCGAGAUAAUGUAUACAUCAAACCUACUGCCACAAUCAGAUCAACCCUCGAUUUCAUAGUUGCUACAUAAUUACUUACCAUAUUUCAUUUUCAUUCAC